AUGAUCAGGUACGUGGUCAACCGGGAUGAUCCCUGGCCUUUAGUGCCAGACUGGGUAUCCACUCCCUUGGCUACCAUCCCGGAGGAUCGCGUCCUGGCCUCCCUUACCCUGGGGAACUCGGCACCUCCAUCCGCCUCACCCCCCGCAGUCUCUCCACCACCAGCUAGCCUCCGUGGCAGACGUGGGCGGAGGGAGUCGUGGGACUCCUCGUCCGACUCUUCCCACACGGAGCUAGUCGUGCCCCCCACCGCUUCCCUGCAGCCGGCCAAACGUUCCGUGGGCCGGUCGAAGAAGAAGAAGCCGAGGAGGGGGGCACUACCCAGGGCGUCCCAGCCGAAUAAGCAAGUGUUUCUGAACCUUUGUCUUCUCUUUCUCCUGCCCAUAGUAGAUUCUGCACAUGACAACGACACAACAGAAGAACCAAAUUCGAACGAGGAAGAGGAGGUGGUUUCUAUAAACGAGAAUGAAGACGUCGAGGAGGAUGCCGAGGACGGAGACGAAGAUGAAGGAGAUGAACCACAGGAACAGUCUCCUCCAAACAGUCACGGCGAUCUCGCGUCCCAACUCAGCGCUGACGAAGACCCGAGUAAAGUCGCCAUCGCAGCUGUGCCUCAUUCAAACUGUUUUCUCCCGAAAGAACCGCCGCGAGUCCCUGACGGCCCCAGUCCUGUGGUUUUACGGGGGCCUUUUAGCAAUCAUGCGGGUUCGCCACAUAUAGGCAGCAUACACCCGCUGCUGCCCCCUAGCUGUAUAAUAGAGGAACUGCACCGUGCCCUGGCAACAAAGCUAAGACAAGAUAGCAUUGGGAGGGAGCCAUGUGGAGACUGUGAGAACAGGAAGGAGGCAGAGGAAAACAAGGAGAAUGUUAGACAGGACCACUGCUCCACCGAUGCUUCAGGAAUCAUUUGUGACAUCGACAGCUGGAAUGAGUCCGUCAUUUCUGGCACAUUGCCAAGGAGAAUGAGGAAGGAGCUGCUGGCUGUGAAGCUUCGAAAUCGUCCCAGCAAACAGGAGCUGGAGGACAGGAACAUUUUUCCGACACGGAGUGACCAGGAGAGACAGGAGAUCCGGCAACAGAUAGAAAUGAAACUCGCCAAGAGACUCAGUCAACGGCCGGCCGUUGAAGAGCUCGAGAGCAGAAAUAUCUUAAAACAGAGGAACGAUCAGACAGAACAAGAGGAGAGGAGAGAGAUCAAACAGAGGCUUAACAGAAAGCUCAACCAGAGGCCAACAGUCGAUGAACUAAGGGAACGAAAGAUUCUCAUCCGCUUCAGUGACUAUGUGGAGGUUGCCAAAGCCCAGGAUUAUGACAGGAGAGCCGACAAACCCUGGACAAGACUGUCUGCAGCUGACAAGGCAGCUAUCCGCAAAGAGCUCAAUGAGUUCAAAAGCACCGAGAUGGAGGUUCAUGUUUCGAGCAAGCACCUAACAAGGUUUCACAGGCCCUGAGAGGGUUUUCUUCUGUGAAGAAAAUACUGAAGGUGACGUCUAUGUUUAAAUCCUGGACAUGCCUCUUCCAGAGCCGUGGCGUCGGCCGUGGGAUUCUCUUAUUCUUCCAGCGCCCCGGGCCGAAUGGUGUUUGGGUGUGCUUAAUGCCGGCGGCUGCGUCUCCACCACGAGCGGCGGCAGGGAGAACCUGAGGAUAAUGUGCGGCCACAUUAAACAUGAAGCUGUCAGAGUGAAGAAACUGAGGAAUUGCGUUUUUUAUGUUUUUAAACUGGACUGCAUUUCAGUGAUUGCGAAGAAAAGAUGAAUUCGUUUUGGGUAAAUGUUUGUGUACUUGUGACCAGCUCCGCUCUGAAAAACCUAAAAAAAAUACAGUAAAAAGAAAACCGUGGGGGUUGAUAAAUGAGUUUCAUAUUAACUGUACAAAGUCCUACUGAACAGGGUUGUUCAUGUCAUCACUUGAAAAAAAAAUCUUUGUAAGCACUACUUGUCUUGAAAAUAUACAA